AUGCCGCUUCUAGCUUCAGCUUUUUUUUUCCUAACAUUACUGCAGUGCUUUAAUGACCAAAACAAAACAAGCAUUACACCUGCAGACUGUAAUACCAUUGAAACGGAUGCAGGAGUGGCCUUGGAUUUGGUCAACAGACAUCAUAGAGAUGGUUAUGUUUUUGGUUUAUUCCAUGUUGCUGACGCACAAGAACUACAUAUAGGAAAUUCAUCAGUCCUCUACCUAACUUUGGAUGUGCUGGAAACUGAAUAUUGUAUAGCAUCCAGAAGACACUGGGAGUCUUGCUAGUACAGCGACACCUAUUCCAUGGACUUUGGGCAAUGUAAGAUUAUCACACAUACAAGCCAGCUGCUGAUGAAACCUCAACUGUAUGGAUUUAACUGUACAGUAAGUCCAGUUCCUCCUGAUUUAUUAGAGUGCAAAGAUUGUCCUGUGAAAGCUGAAGUCUUAGAAGUCACUGAGCAACGUGAAAAUACUGCUGCAAAGGCCCUGGAGAAAUUUAACAGUGAGGGUAACCACACAAACUACUUCGACAUGGACAAACUUUAAAAGAUUUUAAAGAUGACUGCCUCCUGUGAAGGUCACAUUUUAGGAUUCUCUAUAAAAGAGACCAACUGUUCCAAAACCACACAACGAGCAGAUCAGGCACUAGAAUGCGAUUUUCCAGAUGACUGGCAUGCUCAUGUGGGAUUCUGCAAGGCAAAAGUUAUCAGUGAUCCAGAUGAACCUGAUGGAACAGACACAAGCUGUGAAAUCUGCCAUCCCUGGCAGCAUGACUAUGGGCAAAGAUGCAGAUAUUCAACUCUGGGACAGCCACACAGACAUCCUCAUCAUCAUUUUGGUCACAGGCAUUGUCACAGGCAUGGAUGUCCACCCUCUUCUCAAUCCAGACUUGAGGACCCCAAGCACAACCAUAGUUUCAACAAAGAACAUCAAGACAGCCACAAAGGACCUGCUCCUGCUCCUGAAUUACUUCAUGUCCCUUCUCCUCCCCAUGAUGAGCCACAUAAUCCUCCUCUUGGUCCCCAUCAUGGACCACACCAUCCUCCCCCUCCUCAUCGACCACAUCACCACCAUCCUCCUCCCCAUCAUGGACCACAUCACCUUCCUCAUCUCUAGCAUCACUAUUACAGACAUCACUGCAACAAGACAAGCAUAUCAGGAAAGUACUUUCUAUUCCAAAUAACAGGAGCUGUCUAUCACUUUCCGGUUCUAAAUCAGCAGGAUUCUCUCACACCUCCCACUGCAGACUUUCCUGAGCUAUCCUAAAGCAACCCUCACUCCUCCAGCACUGGUGAAGGUAUUCCCUUCACUGGCUCAAGCCUAAAGGAGAUGCCAGAAGCUCCAGGUUUUCCAGAUCACCCUACAUAAUAAAAGUCAUGCCCAGGAAACUCCAAACUUGUUCUUCCAAAAAUUUUGCCCUUAUUUCCAUGUAGCUCCAUGGCAGAAAAUUCUCUUACAUGA